CGAGCCUGGACUGGAGAGGGCUGAGAGGCUGCAGUCACUCUGUGGCUCCGCAGUUGGGCACGACUGUCCCUAGUGCUGAGGACCACGGCCCGCUGGAGGCAGCGCCCCCGCCUUUCCCUCCUACGCGGACCUCGCGCCUCCCCUGGCAGCCGGGGGCUGAGGCAGCGGAGCCUCGCCCACUGCAAUCCCCACCCUCUCCAUCCUUGCCAUUAAAGAACAGCGGCGCCUGGCACGCUCUAGGAGGACUGGGGACUCCGAAGCGGAAAGGAAGCUGGUGCAGGGAACUGGGGAAGCAGCAUGCGCCCGCCGGGAGCCGUCUCGGCUGCGCCCACCGUCUGAGCUGCAGCCGCAGCUCGCCAUUGUGAGAAUCCCUGCAGCGCAGCGGGUCCCCGGGUCCCCGGCCCCACGGCGAUGGGGCACCUGCGCUCGAGGACGCGCAGUAGCCGCCGGCUCCUGCCUCUGCUCUGGCUCUUUGUGCUGCUCCAGAAUGCUACAGCUUUCCAUGUGACUGUCCAAGAUGAUAAUAACAUCGUUGUCUCUUUAGAAGCUUCGGAUGUCGCCAGUUCCGGAUCUGUGUAUGUUGUGAAGAUAACUGGUGAAUCCAAAAAUUAUUUCUUUGAAUUCGAGGAAUUCAACAGCACUUUGCCUCCUCCUGUUACCUUUAAAGCCAAUUAUCAUGGCCUUUAUUAUAUCAUCACUCUGGUAGUGGUUAAUGGAAAUGUGGUUACCAAGCCAUCCAGAUCAAUUACUGUGUUAACAAAACCUCUACCUGUGACCAGUGUUUCAAUAUAUGACUAUAAACCUUCUCCUGAAACAGGAGUUCUGUUUGAAAUUCAUUAUCCAGAAAAAUAUAACGUUUUCACAAGAGUAAAUAUAAGCUACUGGGAAGGCAAAGAUUUCCGGACAAUGCUUUAUAAAGAUUUCUUUAAGGGAAAAACAGUAUUUAAUCAUUGGCUGCCAGGAAUAUGUUAUAGUAACAUCACCUUUCAGCUGGUGUCUGAAGCAACUUUUAAUAAAAGUACCCUCGUGGAGUAUAGUGGUGUCAGUCAUGAACCCAAGCAGCACAGAACUGCCCCAUAUCCACCUCGAAAUAUUUCUGUUCAUUUUGCAAACCUGAACAAACAGAACUGGGAAGAACAGAGUGGCAGUUUCCCAGAAGAAUCAUUCAUCAAAUCACAAGAUUCAACAGGAAAAGACAAACUCUUCCAUUUCACAGAUGACACUCCAGAGAGUCCCUCUGGCAAUACUUCGUCAGGAUGGCCCGAUUUCAACAGCAGUGACUAUGAAACCACGUCUCAGCCUUAUUGGUGGGACAGUGCAUCGGCAACUCCUGAAAACGAAGAUGAAUUUGUCGCUGUCCUGCCCAUGGAAUCCGGAAACCGGAGCGAGAUUGAGAAGUCAACAUCGGGCUCUUUGACUUUCUUCCCUGUGCAAAUGAUACUGAGCUGGUUACCGCCCAAGCCACCUACUGCCUUUGAUGGUUUCCACAUUCUUAUAGAAAGAGAAGAGAAUUUUACUGAAUAUCUGACGGUGGAUGAAGAAGCACACGAAUUUGUGGCAGAGCUGAAGGAGCCUGGGAAAUAUAAGUUAUCCGUGACAACCUUUAGCUCCUCAGGACUUUGUGGACCUCGUAAGAGCCAGUCUGCAAAAUCACUCAGCUUUUAUAUCAGUCCCACCGGAGAGUGGAUUGAAGAAUUGACUGAGAAGCCCCAGCACGUGAGCGUCCAUGUUUUAAGUUCCACCACUGCCCUGACAUCCUGGGCGUCCCCCCAGGAGAACUACAACAGCACUGUGGUGUCCGUAGUGUCGCUGACCUGCCAGAAGCAAAAGGAGAGCCAGAGGCUGGAAAAGCAGUACUGCACUCAGGUGAAUUCAAGCAAACCUGUUAUUGAAAAUCUGGUUCCUGGUGCCCAGUACCAGGUUGUGGUUUACCUAAGAAAAGGACCUUUGAUUGGACCACCUUCAGAUCCCGUGACAUUUGCCAUUGUUCCCACUGGAAUAAAGGAUUUAAUGCUGUACCCCCUGGGACCCACAGCAGUAGUUCUGAGCUGGACCAGACCUUACUUAGGAGUAUUUAGAAAAUACGUGGUGGAAAUGUUUUAUUUCAACCCUGUGACAAUGACUUCUGAGUGGACAACCUACUACGAAAUCGCAGCGACCGUCUCCUUAACAGCCUCCGUGCGAAUAGCUAAUCUGUUACCAGCCUGGUACUACAACUUUCGGGUAACCAUGGUGACGUGGGGAGAUCCAGAGUUGAGUUGUUGUGACAGUUCAACCAUAAGUUUCAUAACAGCCCCUGUGGCUCCAGAAAUCACUUCCGUGGAAUAUUUCAACAGUCUUUUAUACAUCAGCUGGACCUACGGGGAUGACACAACUGACCUGUCUCACUCCAGAAUGUUGCACUGGAUGGUCGUUGCCGAGGGAAAGAAGAAAAUUAAGAAGAGCGUAACACGCAAUGUCAUGACCGCAAUCCUCAGCCUGCCUCCGGGGGACAUCUACAAUCUCUCAGUCACAGCUUGUACUGAAAGAGGAAGCAAUACCUCCACACUCCACCUAGUCAGAUUGGAACCAGCUCCUCCCAAAUCACUCUUCGCAGUGAACAAAACCCAGACCUCAGUGACUUUGCUGUGGGUAGAGGAGGGAGUAGCGGAUUUCUUCGAAGUCUUCUGCCAACAGAUUGGCUCUGGUCAGGGAACCAAAGUCCAGGAGCCUGUUGCUGUGUCUUCUCAUGUCGUGACUGUCUCCAGCCUCCUGCCUGCCACCGCCUACAACUGCAGUGUCACCAGCUUCAGCCAUGGCAGCCCCAGUGUUCCUACAUUCAUAGCAGUCUCAACAAUGGUUACAGAGAUGAAUCCUAACGUGGUGGUGAUCUCCGUGUUGGCGAUCCUUAGCACGCUUUUAAUCGGCCUGCUGCUUGUCACCCUUGUCAUUCUUAGGAAAAAGCAUCUGCAGAUGGCUAGAGAGUGUGGAGCAGGAACAUUUGUCAAUUUUGCAUCUUUAGAGAGAGAUGGAAAACUUCCCUACAAUUGGAGUAAAAAUGGUUUAAAGAAGAGGAAACUGACUAACCCCGUUCAACUGGAUGACUUUGAUUCCUACAUCAAGGAUAUGGCCAAAGACUCUGACUAUAAAUUUUCUCUUCAAUUUGAGGAGUUAAAAUUGAUUGGACUGGAUAUUCCACACUUCGCCGCGGAUCUUCCACUGAACCGAUGUAAAAACCGUUACACAAACAUCCUACCAUAUGACUUUAGCCGUGUGAGACUAGUCUCCAUGAAUGAAGAAGAGGGUGCAGACUAUAUCAAUGCCAACUAUAUUCCUGGAUACAACUCCCCCCAAGAGUAUAUUGCCACCCAGGGGCCACUGCCUGAAACCAGAAACGACUUCUGGAAGAUGGUCCUGCAGCAGAAGUCUCAGAUCAUUGUCAUGCUCACUCAGUGCAAUGAGAAGAGGAGGGUAAAAUGCGAUCAUUACUGGCCAUUCACAGAAGAGCCCAUAGCUUAUGGAGACAUCACGGUGGAGAUGAUCUCAGAGGAAGAGCAGGAUGACUGGGCCUGUAGACACUUCCGGAUCAAUUACGCAGAUGAGACGCAGGAUGUGAUGCAUUUUAAUUACACGGCGUGGCCCGACCAUGGAGUGCCCACAGCCAAUGCUGCGGAAAGCGUCCUGCAGUUCGUGCACAUGGUCCGACAGCACGCAACCAAGAGCAAAGGUCCGAUGGUCAUUCACUGCAGCGCUGGUGUGGGGCGUACAGGGACCUUCAUAGCCCUAGACAGGCUCUUACAGCACAUACGGGAUCACGAGUUUGUGGACAUCUUAGGACUGGUGUCAGAAAUGAGGUCAUACCGGAUGUCUAUGGUACAGACAGAGGAGCAGUACAUUUUCAUCCACCAGUGUGUGCAACUGAUGUGGAUGCGGAAGAAGCAGCAGUUCCGCAUCAGUGACGUCAUCUACGAGAACGUCAGCAAGUCCUAGUUAUGGCCCUCGAGGAGAGAGGACAUGAUGUGCACUCAUCCUCCCUUCCAGAAUUUUGGGGGCCCUACUAGUCAUUUUGGCUAAAACAAGCCCCUGCUUUGUAGUAUGUGGCCAAGGAGAUAACUUAUCUCACAGAAGCACUUGGAAGACUUAGCCUUAAAGAGCCUACAGUGUCUUUUGGACUCUUUCACUUCUGAACAUUUAAUGGAGCAAAUUCAACAGGACAUCAGAAAGGUCAACAUGCUCUGCAGAACUUCCUGCAGGCAGAAAGUAGCAUUACUUUUGAAGAGUUUAGUUGGCCCUCUGCUGGUUGGGCUGCAUUUUGAUUUUGCUUUUUGUUUUAAGUGCAAUAAUUUUUGUACAUGUGUGAUUUUAUCAGAAAGCUGAACUGUUUUCUGCCCACACCAAUGAUCACCCCCAUAGCCCAGGAAGAAAGAAGCGUUGUUAGCAACAAAUUGUAUCUCAUUAUUUAAAAGAGGCACAGCCACACACGAAGAAAGUGAUCAUGUACCUCAAAGGAAAAGAACCAACCAUAUAUCUGUGUCCCAACUGUGAGACUACUGGCUCAGAAAUGGAGAGGGUGGAUGGGGAGGAGAAAAGGGCUUUAUCCACAGAUCAUCCACAUACUUUUUCCUACUCCAGAUGUGAAAAGCUGUACUUCAAAGUAGAGUAGAAAAACAAAAAGUAUUUGUCUUAAUUAUUCUAGUUCUUGAUGGUUUUCUUCCUUAUUAACUGUUGCGUGUUUCUUCUGUGGCCCUUGGGGACUCAAGGUAUUGCUCAAGUCUUUUUCAAGAAACCACAUUUGGUUCAGAAGAGUUUCCAACCCGACCCUAAACCCUAUUGCUGUCUAAGCAAUCUCGGUGCCUAGAGUUUGCAUCUCUUUUUCUGUUGUCCUGCCUCUGUGUGAGCGCGAUUUCUCUGAGAAUCUAUAGGCUGUGACGAAGCACUUUUUCCUCCCGAAGAACUGGGAAUUGAUGAAGUUAUGGCAAGAACUUCAGCAUGCUGGGACAAUUCUUCGGCUACUUUUGUGAUAUUGUCAAGCGGCGUCUCUAUGGAUUCCCACGGAGAUCGCUUUUCGUUUUGUUUUCUUUUUCGGUUGUCAGUUUCAUUUUUAACUUGUGUAAGUAGUAACAUUCUAUUCUUUGAAUUUUGUAUAACUACAGUACACGAUUGUAUCUUGUGGCAUGAAUACUGUCAAAUGGAUAUUGAUGGCGUUGUGGAGCCUGUGACUUUGUGCCACUUGCUGAGAAAUCAGAGGUGGUGGUCGAGGACAACAUUCGGAGCUGAAAGUAAACUCAAGCUGGCUGCUUCAGUGUGGCGAUGUGGCUAUCAGGAGCCUUCCUUCCUGUGUCGGCUGCCAGGAAGCUCUGGGCUUCUCUGUGUGUCUGAUCGCUACCCCUUCCCCGGACACCCCUCCAUCCCUGAUCCCCCUCAUGAAACCCCAUAUACAAGAUCAGUUUCAAAUUUCAUCGGUGACCUCAGUGACGGUGAAGAAUGCCAGAUGCACAGCUCUGCACCCCACCGACUCGUGUCACUGAGAAGGCCUGGCCACGGCAGCCCUUGGCAGAGGUCCUCACGCGAUCUAGCCAGCAAGGCUCAGUUUCGCCUUGCAGGGUGAAGGGCAGAGGAGGUCUGUGCUGUUCAGGUGAACAGCUUGGCCUCCUGGGGGAUUGUCCAUUUCUCCUCACCUCCUGGGUU